AUGGGGAGGCUGUAUCUCGUCGCUGGCAUCGAGCCACGCCCGCUCCUCCUCCUCCAGCAUCGCCUCCAGCCUCCGCUUUAUGAAAUUGCUGAGGUCCUCCACCUUGUGCCCCAGCGACGGCAUCACAUCGUCGUAGUGCACAGGCGCCAUGUAGACGAGGAAGAGACAGACACCGCCGUUCGGUUCGCGGCUCUGCUGCUCCGCCGCAUUGGGCGAGCGCCGCUUCGUAUCGGAUUUGCUCAGCGACACCGAGGCGCCGAGGUCAUCGUGCUGGAACACGAGGUGCCAACGCGUCACAUCGCUCGUUAUGACGUGGAUGUUCACGUGAAAACAGCGCGCGGCGGCGUUGAGGCAGAGCUCGUCGCCCCAGACGCCGCAUUGCCGCACCUUGCGCAGGUACGCGUGCCACGCCUCCUCGCCGUCGAAGAGCACGCGGUAGCUGUCGGCGCGCUCGCGCAUGUAGCUAACGAUGAGGUUGCGCACCAGCUUGUGGCUCUCGGGCUGCCCGAAGAGCUGGUUGGCGAGGGCGCGAAAGAGGCAGUUGCCGUCGGGGACCUGCUCGUUGACGCUCUUGAUGCCGAGCUGCGUCAUGCGCAGCGCAAGCCGGCUUUUCGCCUCCGUGAUUUCCUGCUGCCGCCGCUUCUCCGCGAGCGUCUCCGCGUCGUUCACGCCGAACUCCACCUGAUCGUUGCCCACCAGCAGCUGCUGCUGCUGCUGCUCCCACUCCAUCGAGAGGAGCGAGUGGGCGAUCUCCAUCGGCGUGUUGAAAGCGCCGCACGUGGUGCAGAUGCGCAGGCCCUCCGUUGUGCGGAGGGAAGGCUGUCUCACUGUGCAGCACGCGCACGCCCAGAUGAGCUGCUCGCCGCACACGUAGCAGUUGUCUGCGUCGACGGCGUUGAUGCUGCUGCACUUCGAGCAGCUCCAGACGGUGUGCAGCGCCUUCUUCACGGGGCACUGCGACACCCGCUCCUCACCCAUGCGGCACGGCGCGUGGCAGAAGGGGCACGCGAGAGUACCGACGUCGGUGAACUGGCACGCGUCGCAGACACGCGUCGCACUGCAGUUCAUGAAGCCGCAGCGCAUGCACGUCCAGUAGCUGUCCGUCACGCCCUCGCUGCCGCCGCUGCUGCUGCUGCCGCUGCCGUCAACGCGCAGCGGGAGAGGCCGCUGGUGCCGCACCGACGGACCCAUAAUGAAAUUUGCGUGCGACGGGUCCGUCACGUCCACGACAUCCCGACCGCUGCGCGGCCGCCUCUUUGA